AUGGCAGACGUCCUGAGUACUCUGCGUCAGUUUCACAUCAAUAAAAAGGAGAUCGUCGAACAAGAUGAUCAGAUUGUUUUUGGGGAGUUCGCCUGGGCGAAGAAUGCCAAGACCAACUACGUCAUCUACGGAACUGGAAAGGAUGGAGUCCCAAAGGAGUAUUACAGCCUGGACUCCAUCUUGUUCCUUCUGAGGCAUGUCCAACUUCAACAUCCACUGUAUGUCAGAGAGGCUGUGGCAGCCAACAUCAGUGUCGUGCGUCGUCCAGACAGGAAGGACUUGCUGGCCUAUUUAAAUGGGGAAACCUCCACUGCCAGCAGUAUUGAUAAAAGUGCACCUCUUGAAAUCUCUCAGCGGCCAACGCAGAUCAAAAGGCCUGCGGAAGAUCCUGGCGGGGAAGGGGAGAAAAAGAAACCAAGGAUGGAGGAUCCGCAAGUGCAGCUGGAGAAGAUAAAUUGGAUCAAUAAGAUUGAUGGAGGUCGAGAUUCUUCUGUCCUACCUGCCAUGACAACCUCUUCCCUACACGAAGCCAUGCCGCUGGAGAAGAUUGCUGCCAUCAAGGCCAAGAUUCUAGCCAUAAAGAGGACAAAGAUCAAGGGGGAUGAUGAUCUGCAGUCAGGCGCUCUGGAACAGAGGACUUUUGUUGAUGCUGAGGUUGAUGUCACCAGGGAUAUUGUCAGCAGAGAGCGCCUGUGGCGGACGCGGACCACCAUUUUGCAGAGUGUUGGCAAACAAUUUGCCAAGAACAUAUUCAGCAUCCUGCAGUCCAUCAAAGCCAGGGAGGAGGGAACCCAGCGGUCACACAGCUCCAUUCAGAGCGCCGUUUCGUCUGCGGUGCCGCAGGCCAGACCUGUCCAGGUGAUCAGUGGUUACAACAGGUACGAUCAGGAAAGGUUCAAGGGCAAGGAAGAAACUGAGGGCUUCCAGAUUGAUACCAGAGGCACGUAUCACGGCAUGACCCUGAAGUCUGUAACAGAAGGGGCCCAGGCCAAGAAGACGCCACAGCCGGCACCGCAGCCAGUUCCGCAGCCAGCUCCCGUCCAGCCAUCUUUGUCCAGACCAGUAUCUCAGGCCAGACCGCCACCCAAUCAGAAAAAAGGCUCUCGUACGCCAAUCAUCAUCAUCCCCGCAGCAGCAUCCUCUCUGAUCACCAUGCUGAACGCCAAGGACAUUUUGCAGGACCUCAAAUUUGUUAGUACAGAGGAGAAGAAAGCCCAGGGCAUGAAACGAGACAAUGAGGUUCUCAUCCACAGACGCAAGGAGGGUGGGCUGACAGUUCCGUACAGAAUUAUCGACAACCCUUCUAAGUUGACACCUGAUGACUGGGACAGAGUGGUUGCUGUGUUUGUCCAGGGUCCUGCCUGGCAGUUCAAAGGCUGGCCUUGGAAUGGGAAUCCAGUAGAGAUAUUUUCUAAGAUCAAGGCGUAUCACUUGAAGUGGUGUGAACUGCCCGUUGACAGCAAUGUCCAGAAGUGGUCAGUACACAUCAUGAACCUGGACAGACAUCGCCGGCACUUGGACAGGGCUGCCUUGCAGCAGUUUUGGGAGCACUUAGACAAGUACAUGCUGAAAAACAAGCCCCAGCUGCGAUAUUGA